AUGAAUACCCAGCUCGCUCAACUACUGCAGCUCGCUGCGUACGUGAUGAUCGCACCCGGCGUGCCAUUCGGUGUGAUGUGUGUCGCGCUCACCUUCGCGGGCCUUGGGAUCUCACUGCAGAAUGCUGGAGCAAACGCUUUCGUUGGAAGCAUGAAGGAAGAUGCACGCGUCAAGUUUAGUCUCCUGCAUGCGGCCUUUGGCCUCGGCGCGCCGGUGGCUCCACUGGUCGCGACACACUUCGCGUUAGCGUCGCACUGGUCAUUCCACUACCUCGUUUCUGGAGCCAUUGCGAUAACGAACACUAUCUUGCUCGCAGUGGUGACCAAAGUAGUGCUCGGCGCACCCGAGGAAGCCGGUAUCAGCGAGAAUCUUUACCGCCAGAUCAUACGCUUGAAGGAAGUGCAUUACGUUGGUCAGAUCGUCACCUUCAUCGAGCAUAAUCGCGGCGGAGGUGCGAGUGCUGGGUAUAUUUCCUCUGGAUCUUUUGCCGGCCUCAUGCUCGGUCGCGUUGUGUUGAUAUGGCCCAACGAGAAGGUACAUGCGUCCUCUCCCUACAAGUUAUGGUAUUCAUUCGCCUCUACGUGGAUUGGCGAGCGCUGGGUGGUCUUCCUAUAUUCCCUGCUUGUGAUCGUACUUGAGGUCACUAUCUGGGUCGUGCCCUUGCUCAUCGGGAAUGUGAUCGCCGUCUCGUUCAUCGGACUGCUCCUGGGACCUGUCUGGCCGGUCGUCAUGAACCAGUCCACCACAAUUUUGCCGCAGUGGCUGCUCACCGGCUGCCUGGGCUAUAUCACCGGCAUCGCCCAGUCGGGCGCAGCCGUGUUACCACUGAUCACCGGCUUGCUCUCAUCCCGCUUCGGUAUCCAGUCGCUGCAGCGUUUUGUCGUGUCCAUGGUGUCAGCGAUGAUUGUUAUUUGGGCUAUUGUGCCGAAGACGCGGCGGAUCGAGUGA